CCUUCCCGCUUCACCACAUUCACAUUCCCUAACCCCUCCUCCUCCUCCUCCUCUCUCUGCCCCAACCCUCUCCACACCCCACUCCUUUGAGUCACCGUCCUCGACUCACCCACUCAACCCACCACCCCUCUCAUCGCCGCCAUGCUCGAACCCACCCACCGCGAGUCUGACUGGACCUUCUCCACCCACUCCGGCCACCUUCUCCUCCUCCUCACCUCUCACCACCACCACCACAUCUCCCACCUCAUUCUCAUCGGUAACCUCCCCUCCUCCCCUUACCCCACACCCUACACACGCCCUAUACAAUCUCUAUCCCACAUCCAAGACGCUUUAACCCCAUUACUCCUCGCCUUGUCUCCUAAAUCAUCUUUCCACCUCGGUCCUCCCGAAAUACCCUUCUUAGAUUACGAAGACGAUCUCAUUCGCAGUGCUGUGGUGGACACAUGUGUGGGGUCUUGUGUUGGUGAGAUGUUGGUCGAGGAUGUUGAGCUGGAGGGAAGAGGGUUUAGGAGGGGGUUAAGGUUCAAGCGAAUGCCCAAUUUGAUUCAGACCCAGGUUAGAAUUGUUCCCAUUGAUAGAAGUUCUGAUGUGGGUUUUGCUGGUUUGGGAGAUUUAGGGUUGUUUAGGCUGGACAUGGGUAGUUUGGUUCAGCCUUAUUUGGGUCCAAUGGUGGCUGGUCUGUCGGUGAUCGGUUCGUGUUUGAAACGGAGGGUUCGAGACGGGUUUAGGCUGAAAGCAUUGUGCUUGGGAGUAGGAGGUGGGGCUUUGGUUACGUUUUUGAAUGAUCAGUUGGGGUUUGAGGUGGUAGGGGUGGAGGCUGAUGAGGUUGUUUUAACCGUAGCAAGAAAGUAUUUCGCGUUACGAGAAUCUAAGUUUGUUAGAGUUUGUGUUGGGGAUGGAAUAAGAUUAGUGCAACAAAUUGCAGGCCGAGGCGAAAACGCAAGUUGUGAUUCUUUGAGAGAUUGCUUUGGUGUUAAAUUAGAUUCUAUAUUCGAUGUGAUUAUGGUUGAUUUGGAUUCAAGUGAUGCCAGGAUGGGUACAAUGGCCCCACCAUUGGAGUUUGUGGGGAAGUCUGUUCUUCGUGCUGCUAGAUUGGUUGUUUCAGACCAUGGAAUUCUUGUAAUUAAUGUGAUUCUGCCAAACAGGUCAUUCUAUGAGAAAUUGGUGCGUCAGUUGCAGGAGUUUUUUGUGGAGUUGUACGAGAUAGAUGUCGGAAAUGGAGAGAAUUUUGUUUUUAUUGCUACUGCAUCACCAGUUGGGACCGAUUCCAAUGACUCUGAGAAUUCUUUUCUCACAAAGUUGAAGCUGGUUAUCAACGGAGAGUACUUGGAUUCCAUAAGGAAAAUUUGAAGGUUAAAGAAUCCUCAGUUCAAGCGUAACAUUUGCCUCAUUGCUCAGAUACAACUGACCUAAUAUGUUAAGUGAGAUGGUUAUUAUAUGGUGAUUUUGAAGCAUAAAAGAAGACGACUUGACUACAGGUGGUGUAUGUAGGAGCUUUCCAUUCAACAUCAGGUCGAACUAUCAGGUAGUCAUGGCGUUAAACAAGAUUGCUAACAUCAAUUAUGCUCGUGAGUCGGAAAGCAUAUCAAUCUUCUACUACCUGUGUUUAAUGUAGGGUUUUCUAUUUUACUACAGCUUGAACUAUUUGGUAAUCAUGGCAUUUAAUGAGAUUGCUAACAUCAGUUGUGCUAAAGAGAUUGAAUGCAAUGGCCAUGUAUCUCCUGCUACUCUUCAAGGAGGGCAAUAGCCAAGCAAGCUUGGUUUGAUGUUCCUUUUUGGGCAAAUGUGAAGUGUUUCUGGAGGCUGGAGAAGGAAUGUAUGCAUUUUCUGGGAUAUUGAGAUGGCAAUUCGUCCAAGUUUAAAAUGUAUGCUUACCAGUUUUUGUCUUUUCGGUUUCUAUUCAGGAACUGCUUCUUUGUUGUUAUUUUCCUUGCAAGGAUACUUCUAUAUGGGAGACCAUAGUCAUGCAUAGGUAGCUUGUCUUUUGUUUGAACUUUCUAAUGCAUUUGAACCUUAAGGUAGGGUUAUUAAAAUAUCGGCUUUUUGUAAAAGAUCGUUUGAGAUCCAUUUAUAUAAUGAUAAUACCUAAGCACAUUAACAUUUUAUAUCAAGAUUGAAUGACUAACUAAUUGGUUCAUCUCAGCUCGUUUGCAAUCCUACCGUAUGGGGCCUUCAUUGAACAAGGAAUACCAUCACUUACACAUCUAUGCCUUGUGAUUUUAGUCUUUCUAUCUUGCAGGUGCACCCUAAGAGAUAUUGGGUAAGAAUGGUUGAUCGCCAUGUCAAAAUUCAAGCCACUGCAGUUCGGUUUGAGAAUCGGUUUGUGUCGACCAGUUAAGUAUGAGUUGUUAUUACCAGGACGAAAGAUGCUAGUGUUUCCGCAUGAAGCGUUGAUUAGAGAUGGGAUUUGCAAGUGCAAAUUUUAGGCCAAACGAUACGAUGUUUUUCUUUUGUUUGAGAGAUUCUACAUUGCUGGUGGCUGUCCUGUUUUUCAAGUAGAGGAAGUGAUGUUUUAUCCACAUUUUUAACCAAAAAAAGUAAAGACUAUUAUAUUUUGCUGUGCAGUUUUUUGAAUUGUUCGCACAGAGAAAACCUUAUGUUUUAUGUUUUUACUCUUGAGGACUAAUUGUAUGCAAUGUGCAUACAAUUGAAAGGAAUGCAAUGUGCAUUAGACUCUCUCUCUCUCUCUCUCUCUCUCUCUCUCUCUCUCUCUCAUGUGGGGGAUCUUUUUAUAUAGUAUCAUGUCUAUUGUUGUAUAGGGCUGUAAAUGAAUCGAGCCAUUCAUGAACUGCUUGAGUUAAAGCUCAAGUUCCCUAAAAACUUAACAAAUGAAUCUGAAUAUUCUAAAAUUUAGCUUGUUUGUGGUAUUUUCUUUAUUUGUUUUUUCUCUUAGCCUUCAAAAACAAUAUUGCUAGCUGAGAAUCUGCACACAUUGAGCCUGGAUUAAUCAUAGGUGGAAUGUCCUAACCUGAUAUAAAAAGAAGCGGUGGGUUGUCAAUUUUGGCUCGAUUUUUUAAUUUGUGCCCUCUGAUUGUACGAGGCUCAGUGGUCUGGUGUCUAAUAUGGUAAUUUUGCACGUUGCUAUGUUAGUGGCCCACGUGCUAUAAUCCUGCUGCGUCGAGUAGUACAUACAGUUUUUUGGGCGGUUGAUUUGGGUGGCGUCGUCUGCCUGUUUAUAGCGGUGUACAUGGACCGUUGUCCACUGUUGAUGAGUGUUAGGUGCUUGUGUCAGAGGAGAAGCUUGUGGGUAUCUUGGGCCGUGGAUUCGCUUACUUGAUAAUUGUGUUUUCUGGGCUCUUCUGCAUUGCUUUCUCUCUUUGGGGGUUCUUCGUUUGCAAUCCGCUACACACGGGAACUUCUUCAGCAUCGAUUGCUUGGCCGUCCAUCGGAGUCAGCUUCGUCAGGUGAUACUUGUGAUGUGGGUUAUGAUGCUUGCUGUAGAGAGACAAGUGAUGGAGGCCAUGGCUGGGUCUCGGAAGAGGAGCGGCUCUCUGAUUCUAAUAGCGAUCAUCUUCAUCAGUAUUAAGUGGAUACCCUCAAAAGCACCUUGCCGACGGAGACUCUAUCAACUCUCAAUCAUAAAUUUAUCAA